AAUCAAGCGAGGGAUGUUCCUCUGGGAUCAAAUUCCGGGUUCUGCAAGCCACCUCUGGCAACAGAGAGGAAAGCGAAAAUCGCGCAUGUAUGGAAUCUUGUUGGACUCUCCUAUCCUCUCAGCAAACCAAUAUGCUCCUCUUAAUUUAUGGCAAAGAUUUUCUAGCCAUUCUUGUCUUUUCCCCCUACGUAACUAAUCUUUGUUUCGGGACGCUAAUGUAACUAGGCGAUUUUCACGCUUCCUUUUUGUCAAAUUUAUUUACCCCCAAAAUAUAUGCUACAACAAAUUUUGAAAGCUGAAUUUAUCAUCUGGAUUCAAUAUGGAACAACAUCAUCAAACUCAACACCAGGAAAUUUGAAAUUUCGUUUGAUCUUUUUUUCUUUUUUUGCAAUUAGAAGAGCACACAAUGCGCCAUUCCAAGUUGUCAAGAUACUUCAGCUUCACGGCGUCUCGCGAUUGGUUCUACCGUUAUUCGUUCGGCAAUGCAGGCCUUCGUUCGAUCAGGACUGAUCUCGGCGAAGGCACCGUCAUGCACUGUUGGGUACCAAAAAGCCACAACGCUUCCAGGCCCAAUCUCCUCCUUGUUCACGGAUUCGGUGCCAAUGCCAUGUGGCAAUACGGUGAGCAUCUCCGCCACUUCACAUCUCGAUUCAACGUCUAUGUGCCAGACCUUAUCUUCUUCGGUGAAUCCUACACGACGAGAAGCGAGCGGACGGAGUCGUUCCAGGCUCAAUCGCUGAUGAAACUGAUGGAGGCGCACGGAGUACCAAGAAUGAGCUUGGUAGGCAUAAGCUACGGCGGGUUCGUGGGGUACAGUAUGGCGGCACAGUUUCCAGAGAAAAUGGAGAAGUUGGUGUUGUGCUGCGCUGGGGUUUGCUUAGAGGAGAAGGAUUUGGAAGAGGGUUUAUUUAAUGUAUCGGAUUUGAAUGAGGCUUUGAGUAUUUUGUUGCCACAAACGCCUGAGAGACUGAGAGACUUGAUUAAAUUUUCCUUCGUCAAGCCCAUAGGCAAGUGGGUUCCAAGCUUUUUUCUCUCAGAUUUCAUUGAUGUAAUGUGUACAGACCAUCUUAAAGAGAAAAGAGAGCUGCUAGUGGCAAUACUAAAGGAUAGAAAACUCAGUAACAUUCCUAAGAUCACACAGAGCGUAUUGAUAAUAUGGGGAGAAGAAGAUAAGAUAUUCCCAUUGGAACUUGGCUACAGAUUAAAAAGGCAUGUGGGGGAAGAGGCUAAGAUUGUAGUGAUUAAGAAUGCAGGGCAUGCUGUAAACAUAGAAAAGUCAAAGGAUUUCAUGAAGCACUUAAAAUCUUUCCUUUUUGAUUCUCUAACACCUCAUCGUCCCCCUUCCCUUUUACCCCUUUUCGAUUCUUUAUGGUCCUAA